AUGGGCGAAAAGAAGGAAAAGAAAGAGAAGAAGGAGAAAAAGGAAAAGAAGGAAAAGGGUGAGAAGAAAGAGAAGAAGGAGAAAAAAUCCGGCGGAGCAGAAGAGUUCACCGUGGAAUACUUCGAAGAGAUUUUGGCAGAAGUCGCAGGAAAAUGUGAGAAGAAGAUUAAAAUCAAAACCAAGGAUAAGGAGGCUUUCCAACAAGCAUGUGACAGUGCCUACCAAAACUGGACCAACAAGAUGGAAAAUGAAAAGUACUUGGACGAGCUGAUGGAAAACAAGGGAGCUUCUAAGGACGAGAUUGCGGAAGCCCAAAAGUUUGCGGAAGAAUCUUCCAAGGCUCAACCCAAAUACGAAAAGCAUGCUACUCGACAAGCUCUGAAAAUCUUUGAGAGUUUGGAUGGUGACAAGAUGGGUGAUAUUGAAGACAAGCUUGUCAAGGGUGCCAUUAUUGCCCAGGCAACUCCUGAUGCCCUCGCCAAAUUUGCGGCGGAUGGCUAUAAGAACCAAAACCUUUUGAAGAAACUCUUGGAUGAUCCCGAAUUGAUGAAGGAAAUGCUGCGCAACGGUGGUGCUGCGCAAUAUGAAUACGCCGAAGCGAUGCGCAUCUAUGUUGAGUGUUUGGGAGAUGACUACAACGAUGAAAGCGAACAAGAUAAGUUCUUCCCUGUGAACAAGAAGAUUGCUUUGGCUUGUGCCUUGGAGUUGUGCACCGGUGUCCGUCACUUUGACACUGCCGAUACUAUCGAUCCCGUGGCUCGUUACAAGCACUUUGAAGAGGCCCAUCGAAAUGGCGAAUUGGAUCCCGCCUUUCCUCACUUUUCUGUCUGGGAACUCCGUCAAGUUGUCAACUGCGAUGCUCCCAACGACCAGAUGGAAUGGUGCCGCAACAUGGUCAUGUUGUAUUGUCCCCACGUGACGUGCCUCACCGAUCCCAAAAUGACCUAUACUUAUAUGCUCCAAACCGAUGUCCGUCAACGUCCACCCAAGUGGACUGGAUCUCCCAGAACCUACCCCAUGGUCUUGUCUGGUGGUGGUAACGAGUCCGUCAACUCGUGGUUUGGACGCUUCAUCUUGCAAUCCUUUGGACUUCCCGUCUGGGGAACCAAAUACCGACGAAAGGAGGGUUUCACUCGAUGGACCAGCGCAGGAUGGGAGGCCAUGAAUGGUGCUGAUUGGGAAACUGCCAUGUGGAACGGUAAGGCCGGUAAGGAUUUCAAGAUGGAAUUGGAAGCCCGUAACAAGGCACCUCCGAUUGAAUACUUCAAAAAGUUGGUCUACCUCCAAUGUUUGGCCGAUGUGAUUGAUGCUGGUGACACCAUGAAUAUCCCAAAAGAGGAAAGGGAUGUCUUGCACCCAGAGCGAUUCUGGCGAUCCAUGUCAAUUGUUUCGUUGGAACUCUUGUUUCAAACAGAAACCGAAGUGAAACGUACUUUUGAACGAAAGGGAGAGAGUCUCACCGAAACAAAGGUCGAAAAGUACCUCAAAAUGUACGAGGAAGAUGCUCCCGACAAGGAUAACAAGUUUGAUGAUGAGAGUGGUAAAGUCACCAUUUACGCCAGUAAACACAAUGGAGUGGCGGAAGGUAAUGUUUUGACCAUUGCCAGUUUCAAGGGCGGUCAGCAAUUGAAUUUCAUUGCUGAUGGACAAGUGGAAUACGACGUUCCGGACGAGGCUCCGGCCAAGACUUAUAAGGUCGUUGUUGAGGUCAAUACGGUUUCCAACAACAAAACUCCAAUGACGUUGUACAACGUUGCUGCUGACGAUAAUCGUAUCAAUGUUCCUCUUCCCUAUACCAUGGGGAUGUGGAAGAAGACCGAUCCGGUGGAACUCGAACUCAAGGGAGGAGACACAAUCCGAUUUUCAAGACCCAAGAAUGCAUUGGGUGUUGCGAUCAAAAAGAUUAUCUUGAGCUAG